GAACAGAUAAAAGAUGAUAAAUUAUUAACAGCUGUGUUCAGAGGAUACAAAGGUCAAGGGUUUGUUCCUUCAUUUCCAGAGCAGGUGAAGAAGAGUUUGUUGUAAAGAAACUGAUCUGGAAGCAAAAGAAGACACAAUGUCACGGUUUUUUCUGUUCGUCUGUGCCUCGCUGAUAUUUGGCGUCACAGCAAAGCCCUUGAAUAAAUUUAUGGAUGAAGCCUUCCAGGAAACUGUUGUGUCCAUGGAUGACAAUGGGAAGUUGUCCCGGGACGUGGAGGUGGAGCCGCCUGAGAACAUGGAUUGGAUUCAUUAUGAAGUUGACCCAAGCAUGAAGAUUUGGAAGAGCAUGGCAGGACAGGACCAACAGCCCCUGAAGGCCGAGGAAGAUUUGGAUGAAUUCUAUCAUCCCUCAGUGGGUGAGCUCCUCGGAGAUCAAGAUCAAAUCCAAAACCUGAUCGCUUCUUCCAACGACCAAGCUGAGCCCCUUCAGGAGGAUGUCGAUAUUAAGUACAGCCAAGACGAUCAAGAUGAUAUUGACCACCCUGUUGUCAAUAUCAGCGAAGAAGCUGCAGAAGAACUGUUGGCUGGAUAUUUGGCCCCAAUGGUUUUCAGAAGCAAAGUAGAGGUGGCAGAGAAGAAUGAAGACCUUCCCAACAUGAAGACCAAACGAGAUGUCAGACUCCAUCUUCAGCCAGAGGAGGAUAUGGAUCACAUUUACCACAAAGAUGCCCCCAUGCCAGUCCUUCAGCAUGACAGCCCUAAAGUCCUUAAAGCUCCUAAAGCUCCUGUUGAUGUACCAUUUCAAAGGAAGUACAGCGAGCCAGAGGAAGAUCUGGAUCAUCUGUACCAUCACUGAUACUUCAACAACUCAACACACAAAGCUCCCAGUCAUGCAUAAUGCAGUGCAGCUGCAAAAUGGGAAUAAAUCAAAAAAUGUAAAUUGAUUCUAUUAAACUGCCUUAAAACCUCAAACAUUAUAAUGUCUGUCACUGAGGUGCAUUCUUCAUGAUAAAGACAGUUUUAACCAA